GAGCGGUGGCAGGUGAGCGGCGGGCGCGAAUGGCGGAGCAAUGGGAUCUGGACGAGGAGGGCCUCCGCCGCCUGGGGGCGCUGACCCUGGAGCAGCCCGAGCUGGUGGAGUCUCUUUCAUUGCAGGGAUCUUAUGCUGGAAAAAUCCAUUCUAUUGGUGAUGCCUUCAGAAAUUUCAAAAAUCUCCGAUCCUUAGAUUUAUCAAGGAAUUUGAUCACUAGCCUAAAGGGCAUCCAGUAUUUGUGUUCACUCCAGGAUCUGAACUUAUAUUACAACAACAUUCCUUCAUUAGUGGAGGUGUCCCGACUUCAGCCCUUGCCCUUCCUCAAAGAACUAGAUUUGAGACUCAAUCCUGUUGUAAGGAAAGAUACAGAUUACAGGCUUUUCGCCGUGUAUACGCUGCAAACUCUGGAAAAACUAGAUGACCGAACUGUGCGUGAUAGCGAGAGGAAAGCUGCCAAGCUGCAUUUCAGUCAGUUGGGCAACAGUGAAAAUUUUCUUUUAGAGGUGGAAAAAAGCUCUAGGGAGAAGACAAUGAAAACCUGUGUGACAGAUGAAGGCUCUGCAUCAAAAGUCAAUCCUGAGGUUGACACCAGGAUCGAAACAGACUCAAACAAAGGACUUUUUAUUCCCUUCCCCAAUCGGGAAAUAAAGGAUUCUCUAAUCAGUGCUUCUGCAACCCAGGGCAACGUCACACCAGCUCAGAAAUUAGAUAUUUUUCCACUGGGGACACAGAUGCAGGAAGCAACAAGAAGGGAGACAAGUGACACCCACAAGGAAGAUGGAUUAGAAUUCAGACAUUACUUGCCUCAUCGGUCCACAGUCCGAUCUCCAGAGAAGAUGAGUAGAGAUGGAUACCGAGUAUCUUUUUUAGACACCAAGUCUUCAGGUUCUUCUCCAGAAAAAGACUUGAUACCAAAACCUGACACAUAUUCAUGUACCCAUGAUGUCUCACUGGGUAAACGCCUGGAUGUGGGUGAUUCUAGCCAGAUCCUUCCCUAUCAAUUACCUUCGGAUGUUGGUCUGGACUAUUAUGAUAAUCAUUAUUCUCAAACUCUUUCCCUGCAUGGAAGUCUUGUCAAAAAGCCUCAAAAAAUCAAGAACUACCGAGAAUAUAGCAUAAAGCCUUCAAAUGACAUAAAGGCCACCUCAUCUCAUUCCUGUGGAGACCUACUAGCUUCUCUGUCAAACCCCGACUCCAGCACAGGAAGGCUUUUGAAGCUUAGUUCAGAUCUAUAUGCCACAACCCAUUUCAACAGCGAGCCUGCCCUGCUGACCAGUGUAGAGCAACAGUUAUCCAGCAGUCUCAGUGAUUUUGCACCAGCACCUGGUUCUUUCCCAAGCAACCGGGUCCUAGGAAACUCUCUGCAGACACUGCUGUUGCCUCCUGGGACUCCAGAAAACAGAGAGAUUCCAACUAAGAGGUCAUUAAGCGGAGGAGUCAAGUGGAAGGACAAUGUUCUUGCCAACCUGAAUCUGAAGUGUGGUUUCCAAGAAGCUACAGGCAGCGAGGCGCAACCUCUCUCUAGUGACCUGGGCAGUUUGCAUGGUUUACCGGGCAACCAUAGUCCCCCGAUCUCUGCCAGAACCCCCCACGUGGCCACUGUCCUCAGACAGCUCCUGGAGCUGGUCGAUAAGCACUGGAGUGGCUCUGGCUCCCUCCUCCUCAACAAGAAGUUUCUUGGUCCUGCCAGAGAUUUGCUUCUGUCUUUGGUUGUGCCUGCACCUCCUCAGCAGUGGCAUCGCUCACAGCUUGAAGACAAGGCAGGGAAAGCCUUCCGCUGGAGGGAGAGUGAACUAAAGGAAGCAGGACUGCUGGUUCCUAAUGACGUGGAAAAUUUGAAGCAAAAAUUGGUCAAAGUGCUGGAGGAAAACCUUAUUUUGUCAGAAAAAAUUCAGCAGUUGGAGGGAGGUGCUGCCACCUCAGUUGUGAGUGGGCACCCAUCUCAAACACACGAUGAUCUUCUGCGCAAAAACCAGCAGCUGACCAUACAGGUGGCCUGCCUGAACCAGGAGCUGACUCAGCUGAAAAGGCUGGAGGAGACAGUUGCUCUUCUCCACGAAAGUCAGAGAUCCCUGGUGGUAACUAAUGAGUAUCUGCUGCAGCAACUGAAUAAAGAGCACAAAGGCUAUUCCGGGAAAUCGCUCCUGCCUCCCGAGAAAAGUCAUCCUUUGGGGAGAUCGUCACCCUUUGGGAAAGGCACGCUGUCUUCCUCCUCACCAAUGGCACACGACACGGGUGAGAAAAGAAGUUACCGUUGAACAGGAGCUUCUGAAACUCUCUAGAACACCUCAGAAGCUGCCCUCUCACAGACAGGCCCUAAGUCUACCAGUCUCCUUGUUACCACGGCAAGGAAGGAGAGUUGGCAAGGAAGCCUGUGCUUGGGAACAGCUCUGACCAGACACCAGGGACUCAGGACUGAUGAUCUGGAAGGGCAGAGUGGCCCCACCUUCCCCCAACAGAAUGGUGAACAGACGGAAGGGAGUCAGCCAGAGUCCCUCACUGUGGGACACCAGGAUCAUCACUGGCUAUGAGGAGCAGUGUUGGGGUUGCUGUACCAGAAGCGGGCUGGCAUGAAGAUAAGACGUUUAUCGUCCAGGACUCAUCUGUAGAAGUCUUUUCUUCCCUAGGCCUCAGUUUCCUCAGCUAUAAAAUCAGGGAAUCAACUGUUUAUUCUCUCAGGCUCCUUCUAGUCCUGAGUAUUCUGAGAUUCUGGGCUAGAGCCCAAAAUGGCUUGCCCCAAUACCCCCCUGCUGGCAGCCAUAGUACUAAGGCCUGGCGCUAAGCCUCUGCCAAGGCUUGGUUCAGGCCAAGUGUGCUGUUUCAUCCUUCCUUCUGCUGUGAAAAUGCUGAGUGCAGACUGAGACCCUUAUCGAUAGGACAGCAGGCUGUGACGUCAUCACUCGAGGGUCAGGGCCCAGGAAAAUGCUUUGCAUCUCCCUACAGUCAUCUUGGACAGUCUGGCUCUGCUCUGCACUAAUGGAAAGGACUCACUAAUGGAAGAGGAUCUCAUCCAUUCAUCCAUUCUGGGCAGGGC